AUGUACAACCACCACUCGCAGGGCCGCUAUGGCUCUGGCUCGCGCUCGUCCGGCAGCGCCUCCGACUCAAUAGCUCCGCAGGGCGCGCUCAAUGCGCUCGCCGACUGGGCGGCGCGCAACCUGGAUCCAGAGAUGCAGACCUCGCCCGUGUCGGUGUACGUCGAACGCUGCUGCCAUCCUGCGCUGGGACAGCCCAACCUCGCGCUCAAUCUCGAGCUCGCCGACUACGUCAAUCAGAAGAAGGCCAACACGCCGCGCGAGGCCGCCUUCGAAACGGUGCGCAAGGUCAACUCGCGCAACCCGCACGUGGGCAUGCUCGGACUUGCGCUGCUCGAUAUCCUCGUCAAGAACUGCGGAUAUCCACUCCACCUCCAGAUUGCCACCAAGGAGUUUCUCAACGAGAUGGUCAAGCGCUUUCCCGAGCGUCCGCCGCCCUUCCCCUCGCCCGUGCAGACCAAGAUCCUCGAGCUCAUCCACGAGUGGAAGCUCACGCUCUGCGUCACCUCCAAGCACCGCGAGGACCUCGUGCACAUCCGCGACAUGCACCGUCUGCUCACCUACAAGGGCUACCGCUUCCCCAACGUCGACUCGCGCGCCGCGAGCGUCAUGAAUUCGGACAACAACCUCAAGUCGCCCGAGGAGCUCGAGGAAGAGGACCGCGCGGCGCAGGGGGCCAAGCUGCAGGAGCUCAUCCGCAGAGGUACGCCCAAGGACCUCGCGCAGGCGCAGGAGCUCAUGAAGAUCAUGUCGGGCGCCGAGCCGGAGAACAAGCCCGACUACACCAAGCAGACGCGCCGCGAGCUGGACAAGGUGCAGUCGCGCGCGAUCCUGCUCAACGACAUGCUCAACAACGCCAAGCCGGGCGAGAAGUUUGCGCAGGGCGAUGCGUACGACCAGAUCGCCGGCCAUCUGCGCAGCGUCCAGCCGCGCAUCCAAAAGUGGAUCGGCGAUGCCGACGAGGGCGAUGCGGCGGGCUCGGACAACAUGGACCGGCUGCUGCUCGUCAACGACCUCAUCAACCAGGUCGUCGAGCGCUACAAGCAGUUCACCAAAGGCAACUAUGCGGCGCAGGCGCACAUUGAUCCGUCCAUCGACCCGUCCAAGGGCGGCGCGGAUGCCGUGCCGACGGCCAAGAUCUCGGACCUGAUCAGCUUCGAUGACGAUGCGGCACAACCUGCUGCGUCCGCUUCCGGAGCGGCAGCAUCGAGCAACAUCAUGGACGACUUUGCGUCGCUGACGUUUGACGAUGCCCCUGCCUCCCAACCUGCGGCGUCCGGGUCGACGGCACCGACAGCGGCGACGGCGCUGGGUGGAUUGCCUGCCGAUUUGUUCUCGAACGACAGUGGCUCCUCAACGCCUCGCUCGGCUACGGGCAGCUCGAAUCCUGCCAACGGACUAGGCAAUUGGGGUGCACUCCAGCUGCCUACCACUGCCACCUCGACGUCGACUUCGCCACGCAUCCCGCAGUCGGCACCAAAGGCCGGAAGCAGCCUCGCCGACCUUGCCACGCUCACACCGUCGGCACCACAACAUCAGCAGCAGCAGCAGCAACAGGCUCAGCCGAAACCAAAGUCCAACGAUCCAUUUGCGGAUCUCGACGCCAUGUUCAAGUAA